CUUGUGGAGGGGAGUAGUUUUGCAACAACCUCGAAGCUAGUUAAACUAGUGGGAGGUUGUCUGCAGAGGCGAGCUAGCACAACACACACUCUUACAAAACAAAACAAAGAGAAAACAGAUUUAGUCAAAGGUUAAUCAGAUGGCCCGUGGUAGAGUUCAGAUGAAGCGCAUUGACAACCCGGUGCACAGGCAGGUUACCUUCUGCAAGCGGCGAGCUGGCCUCCUUAAGAAGGCUAAGGAGCUCUCUGUGCUAUGCGACGCCGAAAUUGGCGUUGUCAUUUUCUCCGCCCAUGGAAAGCUUUAUGAACUAGCCACCAAAGGGACCAUGCAAGGGCUUAUUGAGAGGUAUACCAACUACAACGGAAGAACUCAGCCUGUUGAAGCCGUAGCAGAACCUAUGGAAGCAAAAAAGGAGAUUGACAUGUUGAAGCAAGAGAUCGAAAUACUUCAAAAAGGUCUCAGGUAUAUGUUUGGAGGGGGAUCAGAAAUUAUGACAUUAGAUGAACUCUUUGUGCUUGAAAAGCAUUUAGAAAUUUGGAUCUAUCAUAUUCGAUCAACAAAGAUGGACAUUAUGUUUCAAGAAAUUCAAAUGUUGAGGAACAAGGAAGGGAUCCUGAAUGCUGCAAAUAAGUAUCUUCAAGAUAAGAUAGAAGAGAAUAUCAGCAACACUGAUUUUACUACAAUCAACACUAAUAUGCCGCAUCCACUAACCAUAGCUAAUAAUAUAGUUUGAAUCUAGAAUUUUAUCCAUCUAUAUAUUAUCAAUGUUAGAGUUAUUUGUAUUGUAAAAAUAUAUAGUAGUAUUGCGUGGUAUAGAUGUGAUACACUUAAUAAAUAAACAAUGAAAUGUUGUAUUUCAUGUUGAAAUGUUGUA